AGGGGAGAGGGACGGAGAGACUGGCUGGAGUGGGAGAGCGACAUAGACACAGAGUGUGGGGAGCUGAGGAGAGAGAGUCGCCAUUACUGCCUGGCGGUGCUGCUGAGAGGGGAGGGAGCAGAGAGGAGCAGGUUUCGGCUUACAGCGCAUACCACACUAACGACAUCAAAAUACACUGAAAUACGGGCUGACCGGCCGUUGGGAACCACGGGGGUCUACACCUUCAGCUAAACCCAACUUGGAUUUUGUCGGAGGACACUAAUGACCGCAGAUUGUGGACUGUAAAAAGGAGUUUGUUGCCUUGUAAUGAGGGAAUGCUUUCUCCUCUUCUCCGUGGUAUGUGGAUCUGGGAGCGACCAUGUUAUUAGGCAGGUGAUAAAAGCCGAAGCCGGCUGUUCUAUCCCAGCUUAAACAAGACCCUGGAUAGAAACUGAGAGACAUACCAAGAGUUGGAGGGGGAUUCACCACUACCAAAGGAAAAUCAGAAUGAAAGUGCCUCUGUACCACUGAUGAGCGGAACUGGAAUGAUAUCUUGACCUUUUUUCCUCGACGUGACCAAGUUAGCAAUGAGCGGGGGGAUAUAAUGGCCAAGAACAAGGAUGCGCGCCCCCCGACAUUCGCCGUCAGUGUGGUUGGCCUCUCGGGGACGGAGAAGGAGAAGGGAAAUUGUGGCGUGGGCAAGUCCUGCCUGUGCAAUCGUUAUGUGCGUCCUGAUGCAGACAGCUACUACUCGGAGCACACCUCAGUGCUGAGCACAAUAGACUUUGGGGGACGUGUGGUUAACAAUGACCACUUCCUGUACUGGGGGGAAGUGUCCCAUCGAGGGGAUGAUGGGUUGGACUGUAAAAUCCAAAUCAUUGAACAAACAGAGUUCAUUGACGACCAGACGUUUCUUCCGCAUCGGAGUACGAACCUGCAGCCGUACACCAAACGGGCAGCAGCAACAAAGCUACAGUCGGCAGAGAAGCUUAUGUACAUCUGCACAGAUCAGCUGGGCUUGGAGCAGGACUUUGACCAGAAGCAGAUGCCUGAUGGGAAGCUGAACAUCGAUGGCUUUAUGCUCUGCAUUGAUGUUAGUAAGGGUUGCAAUAGGAAAUUUGAUGACCAAAUGAAAUUUGUCAACAGCCUCUACUCCCAGAUUGUCAAGUCAAAGAAGCCUAUCGUUGUUGCUGCCACAAAAUGUGAUGAGUGUGUGGACCAGCACCUGAGGGACCUUCAGGCUUUUGUUGCCAGCAAGAAGAAUCUGCUGCUAAUUGAGACAUCUGCACGCUCCAAUGUCAACGUGGAGCUCUGCUUCAAUGCCCUCAUCCAGCAGCUGGACAAAACAAGGGGCAAGCCAAAAACUGUGCCAUACCUGGAGGCUUAUAAAGUCCAACGGCAGCUUGUUGCCUCAGUAACAGAUAGAUUUGAGAAAUUGAUGGUACACACGCUGAGAGACUACCACACCACUUGGAAAACAGUGUCCAAUAACCUGAAGGGCCAGCCAGACUAUGAUGAGUUUAUCACUUUGGAGGGCUCCAGGAAAGCACGCAACAUGUUCACAAAGCACAUUGCACAACUAAAGCAGGAGCACAUCAAGAGGAGGAGGGAAGAGUACCUGACAACACUACCGAAAACCCUUAACAACCUCCUCAAUAACCUGGACGAGGUGGAGCACCUCUCCUGGCCUGAGGCACAGAGUGUAAUCCGGAACCGGCCUGAUUUCCAGUACUGGUUUGUGGUUCUUGAACAUACACCGUGGGAUGAGACGGACCACAUUGACAACAGUGACCGCAGGAUACCCUUUGACCUCCUCGAUACACCUGAUGGUGAGAGAAUUUACCAUAACCAUGUCCAGCACCUGCUGUCUGAGAAGAGAAGGGUGGAGAUGAAGGAGAGGUUCAAGAAGACGCUGGAGAGAGUUCAUUUUAUUAGUCCAGGGCAGCCCUGGGAGGAAAUCAUGUGCUUUGUCAUGGAGGACGAGGCCUACAAGUACAUCACGGAAUCAGAUAGAAGGGAUGUUUACUGUAGACACCAGCAGGAAAUAGUUGAAAGGGCCAAAGAGGAUUUUCAGGAAAUGCUUUUUGAACAUGCUGAGUUAUUCUAUGACUUGGAUCUGAAUGCCACCCCCAGCUGUGAUAAGAUGAGCGAAAUUCACAGUGUACUGAAUGAGGAGCCCAGAUACAGAGCACUGCAGAAACUUGCCCCAGAUAGAGAGUCACUCCUCCUCAAACACAUUGGGUUUGUUUACCAUCCCACUAAGGAGACAUGCCUGAGCGGACAGAACUGUGUGGAUCUGAAAGUGGAGCAGGUUUUAGCAAACAGGCUGGUGCAGCUCGACCAUGGACGCUCUAAUCUUUACUAUAACAGUGCCAACAUUGAUAAGAUCAACCUGUGCCUCCUGGGAAGGGAGGGUCUUUCACAGGAACUGGCAAAUGAGAUCCGAGCUCAGUCUACUGAUGAUGAGUACGCCCUGGAUGGUAAAAUUUAUGAACUGGAGCUUCUUCCUGUGGAUGUCAACUCCACACUUCUCUUCAGCCAUACGUGGGUCAACACUUUCAAGCCACAUGGCUGUUUUUGUGUGUUUAACUCCAUAGAGUCCCUCAACUGUAUUGGAGAUUGCAUAGGCAGGAUCAGAGCAGAGAUAGCACAGAGUAGGAGAGACAGGUUUGCUCAGCCCCUACCAUUCAUUCUCAUCCUGGCAAAUCAGAGGGACAAUGUUUGCAAAAACAUACCCAUCCUGAGACACCAGGGCCAACAGCUGGCAAACAAGUUGCAGUGCACCUUUGUUGACAUCCCGUCUGGGGCCUUUCCACGUAAAUUCACAGAGUUCCAAAUUAAGCAGGGUCUGCGAGCAGUCCUGGAGGGGCUAAAGCAUAAUUUUGACGUCUUGGCCCCUCUACCCUCCAUCAAAGACAUGUCUGAGACGGACCUUAGGAUAGUCAUGUGUGCCAUGUGCUGGGAUCCUUUCAGUGUUGACCUCAUCCUCUCGCCUUUCCUAGACUCACAUUGCUGUAGUGCAGGGCAGCCAGGCCAGAGCAACACAUUGAUACUGGACAAGAUCAUUGGAGACAGCAGGAGGAGGAUCCAGGUCACUGUCCUCUCCUACCACUCUGCCAUUGGUGUCCGCAAAGAUGAACUGGUGCACGGCUACAUUUUGGUGUAUUCUGCCAAACGCAAGGCCUCUAUGGCGACCCUGCGGGCGUUCCUGGCCGAAGUCCAGGAUGUUAUCCCCGUCCAGAUGGUGGCGAUCACAGACAGUCAGGCCGACUUUUUUGAGAAUGAUGCCAUCAAGGAGUUGAUGACGGAAGGAGAGCACAUUGCCACAGAGAUUGCUGCCAAGUUUACAGCCCUCUACUCACUGUCACAGUAUCAUCGUCAGACGGAGGUUUUUACACCCUUCUUUAAUGAAGUGCUGGAGAAAAAGCCGAGCAUUGAGAGUUCCUUCCUGUUUGACAGCUCGUCGCGGGAGUGCACCACUGGUGCCAGUGAAGACGUCUUCCCCACCUCGCCGCAUAGCCAUUCGCCAGCUUACAACACCUAUUACCCAGAAUCUGAUGACGACAAUGAGGCUCCCCCACCUUACAGCCCAAUAGGUGACGAUGUUCAGCUUCUUCCCACACCCAGUGAGCGGGCCAAGUACCGGAUUGACCUAGAAGGAAAUGAGUACCCAGUCCAUAGCACGCCUGUUGGAGACCAUGAACGCAACCACAAAGUGCCUCCACCUGUCCGGCCCAAACCAGUGCUCCCCAAACACAAUGUCAAAAAGCUGGACCCCAACCUUCUCAAAACCAUUGAGGCUGGCAUGCGAAGCAACCGUAGGAUGCCACGUGGUCCAAUGGCACAUGCAGAGGACGUGGAGGCGUCAGACAACUAUGCAGACCCUGUGGACACCUUGCAAAGGUCCAGGGGCUUCCACAAUGACGACAUAUAUGCUGUACCUGAUGACACACACAGUCGUCUGGUCAAAAUAAGAAACUCCUUUGGUGGGCUACAUGGGCUCCAUGGUGUAGGAGAGGAGGAGAAUGGUUUUGACAGGAAGUCUCAGGCUGGACGGCGGCCCUCAAAAUAUAAACAUCGCUCUAAAAUCUUGUUCAGCAAGACAAAGGCCUACCAAAGACGAUUCCACUCUGACAGCGAUGGGGAGGAGUCGGGACCUGCCACGCAGAAAAAGAAAAAGGGAAGAGCCCACCGGGGCAGCGAGGAGGACCCACUGCUGUCCCCUGUCGACCCCUGGAAGGGUGGGAUAGACAACCCCGCCAUCACCUCCGACCCCGAGCAGGAUGAUAAGAAGAUGAAGAAAAAGAAGACACCCAAGACGCCAAAGGAACAGAAGAAGCCGAAAUCUUCCAAGCCCCCCAAGCCACUGUACCCGCCCACCCGGAGAACCUGGGAGAGCAACUACUUUGGCGUUCCCCUGCAGAACCUCGUGACCCUGGAUCGACCCAUCCCCCUCUUCAUCGAAAAAUGUGUCGACUAUAUUGAGCGCACAGGUCUGACGACAGAAGGUCUGUAUCGUGUCAGUGGGAACAAAACGGACCAGGACAACAUCCAGAAACAGUUUGAUCAAGAUCACAGCAUCGACUUUGUGGCGAUGGAUGUGGCAGUGAACGCCGCUGCCGGAGCACUGAAGGCUUUCUUUGCCGACCUGCCCGACCCGCUGAUCCCCUACAACCUGCACCCAGAACUGGUGGAGGCUGCAAAAAUCGUGGAUUACGUGGAGCGCCUGCAGGUCUUGCGAGAGAUCGUGAAGAAGUUUCCUCCUGUCAACUACCAGGUCUUCAAAUACAUCAUCACACACCUCAACAGGGUGAGCCAGCACAGUAAGACCACCCUGAUGACGGCCGACAACUUGUCCAUCUGCUUCUGGCCCACGCUGAUGCGGCCCGACUUCGAGAACAAGGACACGCUGUCCACCACCAAGCUCAACCAGGCCGUCGUCGAGUCCUUCAUCGUGCAGAGCGACUACUUCUUCCACGGCGGCGAGGUGGCCGAGAGCUCGAGCAGCGAGGGCACGCCGCCGCCGCACUGCCACAACAUGGUGGAGGCUCUGCUGCCGCUGCAGCUGCCCCCGCCGCUGCAGCCGCAGCAGAUCCAGCACACCCAGCACCCCCUGCACCCCGACCCACUGAUCUAAGAGCCACGGGAGCAUGCUGGGAAAUGAGCGCACCGCCAGCUGCUUUUGGCCAACAGUCGCUUGGGGCUCGUCUUCUGCUCUAUAAAACGCCGUCGGCUGUUGGGAUAAAAAACGAAACUAACCCGGUUGGUGUAUUUUGAAGAGCCAGCAGCUGUUGGUUGUCAUGGACUUUGAAGUGAAUGAGGUUUGGGCUUUAGAGACACAUCGACCGCUUGUUGGAUUAAACCUAAUCUGUGAGAUCUCACAAUGUAAAUCCAGGAUGAGAGAAUUACAAUCGGACGUCAACUUUUGGAACCGACUGCUCCUUUCAUGAUGGAAGAGCGAAGAACUGAUUUGAAUUGGCACAUAACGACGACACUAAUCACUGAGCAGGGUUUGGACUCGGACUGCGGGGACUCUGGGACGCGUUCGGGCCUCCUCCUACCUUACCCCGAUGGAAUAGCACACUGGGAACCGACGUGGGCCCUCUGUAAACCUGUCCACCUUUUCCCUGCUCCCAGUCAAGAGAAAAGGGAAAAUAAAAAUAUCAAACGACUGCACCUCAAAAAUGAAACACCUGAGUGGUGUUCGCUGACUGGUUUUCUGGCUGAGUGGAUUUCAGAGUAUUCCUACAGAUCUCCUCAUAUCAGCACAGGAAGACAUUUCUCCUCUUCCUCCUCCUCCUCCUCCUCCUCCUUCUUCUUCUUCUUCUUCUUCUUCUGUUGCUCUUUGACCCAAAACCGGGUCAGCUACAGGAGGCGAGAGAGCGAACUUCACACCAGAGCUUUCCCUUCAGCACUGGACGUCAAACACAAACGGUGGAGAAGUUGUUGGUUAUUUUCAGUCUUGGGGAGGUGUGGGCUCUGGUUUUAAAUGCUGAAAAACAUGACGCCUACCCACGAUGUGAACUCUGAGCCCCUUAAAGGACAGCACAUGGCACGGGUUGUGUCAGAAGGUCCCACAUGCCAAUUUCAUGUCUGUUCGCGUACUUUAUGUUUUUAAUCAUUUGGACUGUUUUAGUUCUUUUUUUUCUAAAUAUUUUUUUGUAUUGUUUGUGUGUGUGCGUGUGUGUUGUGUGAUCUGUGUGAGCUGACCUGUGGUCUGUUUCACAGCCAGUUUGUACCUUCCCUGCAGAGGAUUCAGGAGGGAAAAGCAGAACGAAACACGUGGACCGACGGACCGUCCGUACGACAGAAUCAGACUUUAUGGACUUCACUCCAAACCUUCAGCUCAACGGUCUCGUCUCUUUCGAGCCUCUAACUCUUAAUGCAACGACUGAUGUCUCUCGUGAAGGGACGACCCUCCACUCCUCCGACCCCACCUGACCCGACCCCUCUAUGAUGGCACAUGAGUGAGGAAACCACUACGCCGCGAUGCAUCCUCGUUGGCUUUUGAAGAGGCGUCUUCCGUGUUCGAUGACUUCUUUGGCUUUGUGGAGGACGCUUCCCUCUUCUGUCAUUUUUCGUUCUGUUCUGCUGGUUCGUUGGAAAACUAAAACUUGCAUGUCUGUUUUGCCACUUAGUGAAAGAAAAUGAACUCAUAGAUUUAAAAGAUGAAAUGAAACACUUUGAAACGCUAA